GUCAUUCCUUUAUUUUCAGUUUGGAGCUGUCUGAUACCACAUACACUGAUGAAAGGUGGCUUUCGUGUCCGUUAUUAACAUGUUUAAAAGAUACAACACGUCACUCUCCUUGGACCACUGAGUCACAUGUAUCGGAUUUCCCGUCACAGAACAUGUGACCUUAUUCCCACGCAGAGUUAUCUUCCUGGAUCCAGCGUGGAACCUUCACCUUGUAACAGGAAGUGCUGCUCAGAUACAAAGUAUCAUUAUCAGAACGCAGGGAAACACAAUAAACACAGCCCAGCCUGGGCCGGUGGAACUGACUGGCAGCUCUGCGAUAUAAAUCAUCACAGCCAGCGCUGCCACGGAUACCAACACCAGUGUCCGCCCAUCUAUAUAUACAGGGAUACCAGUGUGGGUGGGUGCCAGUCCUGCUAUUAGAUCAGUAUACACAGCGCUGCCAGGGAUACCAGUGUGGGUGGGUGCCAGUCCUGCUAUUAGAUCAGGAGUACUCCCUCCAGUGGAAGUGGCUGCCAGUCCUGCUGUUUUACUCAUUGAUCAACCCAGCGGACACCUGGCAGUGCCAAGGGUACCAGGUCAGGGAUUGUCGCCGACAGAAGGCGCCAUGGCUGAAGGGGGCACUCAGCCUCUCGGUGAAUGGGCUCGCCUGGAGACAGCCAUUAUGAACGGAUUCAGGCAGAUGAGAAGCCGGUACCUGCAGAGUGUGAGAGGUCGGGAAGACCCCCAGGACAAAGAGACCCGAUAUGCCAGGGACAACUUAGAGCUGGUGGAUAGCCCACUGUGUGCCCUGCCGGUAAGUAAGCACCGCACAGGAUUCUCAUUACUCUCAGGCUAUGGGGAUGGGAUUGUAGUUGCCUAGUUUCCGGGGUGCUACAUGCAUGUAUUCCCAGUAGCUGUCCUAGAACUACUGCUCUCUUUGAUGAUUUUCUAGCCUUUAGAAUGAUAAUGUAUCACGAGGUAGGUUUAGUUCUGAGUCCUGGCCAUUCUGUACCCAUUCCUUAGAUACUUAGUAGUCCACCCUCAUAACAAAGUAUCAUGGGAAUAGUAGUCCGUAACAAGUGCAGUUCCUUAGACCAGUGUUCCCCAACCCAGUCCUCAUGGACCACCAACAGUACAGGUUGGACUGGAUUGGGGAACACUGCCUUAGACUAUCAGUGACUGCUCACAUUAAAUCAGUGUGUGGUUGGGUUUAUGUUUACUGAACAUUGCACUGAAUAUCAGAAUUGGUCAUUUAUUCUUCUUGUUAAUUUGCGUUUAUCUAACUAUUUGGAUUGAGUGGGUAUAACGUUUUCUCAUACAUCAAUCAAGGGUUUCUGUGACAUAUUACAAUGCUCUUUGAGUAAUUUCUUUUGUGUGUCAUUAAUUUGUUGGUAAACCUGUUUAGUAUAUUGUUACUCUAAGCAUAAACUCUUUUUAUUCUGGUGUUUUUUAUUUUCUUGUCAAUCUUUAUUUUGUGGGCUUUUCACACAAUAGUUCCGGAUGGGUAUAAAUGAAGAACCCAUGGUUUUGUAUAUUUAUUAAAUUAAAUAAGUGCAUGUUGUUGCUGAGUAAGUGUUAGAACACAGACCAUAAAAUAGUUUCAUGGCAUAUCACAUUUAAAAAAAAAAAAAAAAAGUUGCUCCCCUAAACUUUAUCAUUUAAAGAUCUAAAAUAAUACUUUACUCUUCUGUUGCUAUAGCAAUGAAUCUGUAUUCAUCCUGUGAGUGGUCUAACCACAAGUCAUGAUCAGCAAUUAGAAUUUAUCCAGCCCACUUAAAACCAGUUAUUUCUGUAGAUAGUUUGCAUGUUCAAACCUGAGAGGAGUUAUUUUCCUAAAUUGUGCGCAUUAAUAAAAUAAUACACAAUCUGGGGGCAGCAAGUGAGAGGAAAAACAAAUAAAAUACUUAUAUUUGGUAACCGUGAGUCUUGAAAUUAAUGGUAUAUAGAUCCUAAGAUAGCAGGCUCUAGCUGUAAUCACUUUUGAAAAAUCAGCUUUUUCAGGCUAUACACACGAUCUUCCUGAUGUAUCUGUUGUCCUCUCCCCAAUGCUUAAAGGAUGGAUGCCAAGCAAGGAUAAAUGAGGAUUAAAAGUAUUUUACUCCAAAAAACAGAUAACAAUCUUUAAAAAAGCAGCCGUACAUAAAAUAACACAUAAAAAGCACUAACGCGUUUCGACAAUCAGUCUUUAUCAAAGUGCAUGAACUCAACUUCUCCCGGCGUGUUUUUAAAUUCAUCUUUCCGGAAGUUAAAUUUCCCGCCCGGUGUUCUUCCCCGUAGUAGUUCCGUAUUCUGACAUCAUGACACAUAUACCGUCCUUACGUCAUUUCCUCUAUGUGCAAUUAUAAUAUUCCGGAAACAGCUUUCAAAAGUGAUUACAGCUAGAGCCUGCUAUCUUAGGCUCUAUAUACCAUUAAUUUCAAGACUCACGGUUACCAAAUAUAAGUAUUUAUUUGUUUUUCUCUCACUUGCACCCCCCACAUUGCGUAUUGUAGUUUGACUUUUAGUUAGUGUCUUUGAGUGAUUUUGAGACACUGGGGGUUGUUCCUGUUCUGCACUUUCUAGCGCCAAUCCACCUGUAUUUUUCUCCUUUGAGGUAAAAAAAACUUUGUUUCUUUUGUAAUUAAUAAAAUAAUGUAUACAUGAUAUAUGUGUGUAUGUAUAUAUACUUUUUAACAAUAGUAUACAUUUAAUUCUAAUCCUUAUCUCAAUCAGGUUGUCUGUUGACCCUUUCCCUUCCAUCAAAACAACUGCGAUAAGAAAGCAAAUAUCUAUGGUUAUAUAUAAAGAGCAAAUGUGGACUGAGCCCCAUAGAACCUUCAGAUAACACUGGUAUUUUACUGAUUAUUGCUUCACUUACAACAUUGAAAGUUCAACACUGCUGAACUUUGUAAAUAAACAGUCGUGUCGAAAGCCCAGUAGGCCCAAAAUAUACCUCCUAUUGUUAAGUAGUCAUUUUCCUAUUUUUGUUUUUGAAGGUGCAGCCUGAAUUUUCUACAUAUUUACCUUCAUUUAUGACGUGCUGAUAGUCGUUUAUGUAAAGAAUAAACGUUUUAGGUCAGGAUUAAACGAUUUUAUUUAUUGCAGUAUAAGUAUGUAUUCCUGUAAAUAUUAUUCAUAUGGAACUGUGGGACACUUUAUAUUAUUUAAUAUUCUGGGCUGCUAGAAAAGCAGUUGUCAGGGGGGACAAAAUGGCAGUAAUAUUUUGGUAUUUAUGCUUUCAUAUAUGUAGAUUUUUGUUCUUUUGCAAGCUGUUUACAAUACAAAACAUUAAAGGGGGAGGAAAUAUGCUUGGGAACUAUCUCUAGAUUGUUAAAUUCUGCCAUGUUAUAAUAACUCUGAAUCACGGUAAGUUAAAUACUUUUAGACCUGAAUACUUAUGAAACAUGGGGCAUGUGAGGCUGUACCAGUGAUGGCAUUCAUGUCACUUGUGUCAUUGAAAGGUCCAUGUCAUCCUGGAGCCCAUACGGGUCGGGGUGACAAGCAAGCCCUGCAAUCCUGUCAAUAAUGGCUGCCCCAUUGCUCAGAAAGAGCUUGGCCAGUAAUACCAUGAACAAGCCUUGCAUUGUGUUUGUCUUUCCCUUUUAGAGAAAAAAACCCAGUAAGGUUGGACAGGGGCCCAAAAUCAGGACUGUCCCACUAGGUUCUAGGCUGUUCUAGAUAGGAUUUAAGCAUUAAAGGGACACUCCAGGCACCCAGACCACUUCUGCCCAGUGGAGUGGACAGCCACUAGAGGACACAUCCGUGUUCAUAAAACAUUAAAAGUGUGUUAUAACGUCGCUGGACGUCCUUACACUAUGUGAGGACCUCCAGUGUCGCUAAAAUACCCAUAGGAAAGCAUUGAAAGCAUUAUUCAAUGCUUUCCUAUGGGGAGGUCUAAUGCACAUCGCAUUAGAUCGCCGCCGCCGCCGGCCGCGCAUGCUCAAUAGGUCUCCCCGCCGGAUGACAUCAGCGGGGGAGAAGCAUGGGCUAACCCUGACCCAGCGCCGAGGGACAUCGGCGCUGGAUACAGGUAAGUCACUGAAGGGGUUUAAACAUAGGAUGGGGGGUGGGAGGUAGAGGGGACCUGCAGUGCCAGGAAAACAGUUUGCUUUCCUGGCACUGGUGAGUCCCUUUAAAUAAAAGCAUAUUUAAUGCACUUCCCAGAAUUGUAUUAAAUGUGUGGUUGGCAAGGACAUCAGCCAGGUAUGAAAAUGUGAUCUUUAUAUUGUACUAACUAAAAGUUAGCUAAAGGUUGUGCUAAAACUAUUUUAUUUCUUUAUUAUUUUAUAAUUCUUAAUAAUGUAUGUUAUAACAACAUUGUUUGGGAGCAAGGAUCAACUGAUACAACAAGGAUAGAGCUGUAUAUAUAAAAAGAAUCAAACAAACAAAACAUGUUAUACGUUACAUGUUAUGUGUGAUACUGUAUACCAGGAUAAAUAUUUUGAUUGCACUCACAGACUUGUGUAAUCUUCAAACAUCUCCCUGUCUCUCCCCUGGUAGGGACAAGGGCCUGGACUACUUGCGUCCUCCCUUUCUCUCAGGAACGGAACCAGCAAGACAGCAAGCAGGUGAAAUGAAGUAAUUUACUUAUUAUAGUAUUAAGUAAUUUAUUUAUUAACAAAUUGCAAAUGCAAAUUAAUAAAAUAUUAAAAGAAGCCAAGGUCCUACGUGUUUCGUUCCAAGUAGGCGGUUCCUCAGAAAUCAUACAAUUAAAAUUAACAAAAUCAAGAAUCAAAAAUGCAUGCCAAAAUAAAAACAUCAGCCUAUGGGGGGCGUGGCUGGACGCGGAGAGAGAUGGCCGCAUGAGUCUUUAGCUCUGCACUACGAGCUAGGCAAUACUACUUAAUUGUGGGAUUCCUGCGGGAACUAAGAGGCUAUUCUCGGGAUGUCGCAAUCCAAAACCCGUCGGCACCAAGAUAAGCCCGACAAACUGAACUUUUUUGCCCAGAAAAAGGUAGCGGCCCUGGCAAGGCAAACCGCAACCGCGGACCCUCAAGAUGGCGCCGAACUCUCUGGGGGAAGUAGCUCGAGGUCGGAGGCAGACUCACCACAAGACAGUGAACCGCUAACUACUGCUCUUCUAAAACAAGCUCUGGGCAAGCAAUCUCAACGGCUGAUCUCCAUCUGGCAAUCUAGUGUCGCAGAAUUGAAACGAGACCUGCAAGACAUCGGAUCCCGCACAACACACCUGGAGGCCAAAUUGGAGGACCUGGUCGAUGCGCACAAUGCGUCCACGGAGCAGAUCAAAUCCUUCACCGCCCAACUACAACAAUGUGAGGCAAAGCUCAUGGACCUCGAAGACAGAUCCAGGAGAAGUAACAUCAGGCUAAGGGGUAUACCGUAGACUGUUCUCCCGGCGGAUCUCCCCAGCCACAUACACAGCCUUUUUAAACUCCUGAUUCCCGAGAACCCCACGGACAUGCUGUUACUAGAUCGCCUGCACAGGGUUCCGAAACCCCAACAGAUUGCUGCAUCAUUACCCAGAGAUGUGCUGCUAAAGGCACAUUAUUAACACGUGAAAGACAUACUAAUGAAAAGAAGCAGAACUGUGAAGGACCUUCCCACUGAAUAUUCCAGUGGAAGAUGGUCUGAACCUCCUACACCAGUGGAACUUGACCAUUGUGGGGGAAGCACAAGCCCAGAAACCACCGCGGAGGGUGGACAAGGACUGGCACAUCGCUAACUGACGACCUACCACAAGUAUUCCCGCUCCGGCAGCACAACAUCUCUGACGCUCAGUUAUUGACGCCCGGCUGCUACUUUAAGGCCAAACCGUAUUAGCUCAACAGGCAUUUGUGGACCUAUUACUAACAUGUCUUGCAGUACGCAAACAGUUUUUAACCACCACACUGCAUUUGCACCUGUCCAUAAUGUUUGCUGGCUGUACUAGCAAUACCAUGACAUGCUUUGCCUAACCGUUUGAUCGCUGCCGACCAAUACUGUUUACUAGUUAUACACGUAGUACCACAUCACGUUUCACCUGACUGACUCCCCAGUUUGACCACCACCUGCCCACAAUGUUUGCUAGGGUACUCGUAGUACCAUGUUGCACUCCAACUGACCGACUUACCCGUAUGACCAAUGUCCGCCCACACUGUUUAUUAGUUGUAACCGUAGUACCAUAUCUCACAUUUCACCUAAACCGGCAUGCCCAGUUGGUCCACCUGUAUGAUAGCUGUACUCGUAGUGCCAGGUCAUGUCUUACCCAACAGAUAUACUCGCUGGAUUUAUGACGGCCCAUGUCGUCCACUAGGGGUGCUGUGGCAGACAUCACAUACCGUCUAAACUCCAGUCUGUCCACCCUGUUUGCGAGCAGCACUUGUGAAACUAUUCCAUACUUUCUUCACCACUACACCCAUUUGCUUAAUAGCUGUCCACACUGUCUGCAAGUUGUACAUGUAGUAUCAGGUUAUGUUCAUCCUUACCGAUACACCCAUUUGAAGCACUGACUUAAUAUAUGAGAUGACUUCUACCUUGAGUAAUCCACACUCUGCCCAGAUACCAGUCAGACGGUGAGAGCAUUCUCUUUAACAAAUUACAGGCCCCACACGCAGUGCCCUGUUAUCAGCCUGUCACCCUGACACUUAAGCUACAUGUACGUAUACACUGCAGGAUUAGGGCCAGGCUUCAUUUCGCUUACUAUAUAGCCAGGGCUCCUGCCCAUGUUGGUAAAGUUCUGUUGGGUACCCAGUGUGACAUGCGACCUAAUACUGCUACUGUGUUACCUUAAGCACUGACUGUUGACACCCCACAGACGGUAGCAGGGCUCGGAUAUGUAGAGUGGAGAGCGUAAUACUUCAUAAUGUUCUACUAAUUAAGAUACCCUACAGUAUGCAGCGGGCUUCAGGUGUAUAAAAUGAAAAGAGCACCCUCCCAUUCUACUUACUGUUUGUACGUGUAAUGCCUUGGUUGCCCUAUACCACACAUCAGUUACGUAGGCUCACACACCGGGUGCUGUGGGGUAUGACCCACGCACUGCACAGCCGGAGCUUGCACUCCUUGGGCACAAAGCCGUACUAUGUUUUCCCAUCAUCCCUAAACUCAUAUGAGGACAUCUCGGACAACCAGGGCAGAUACCUGAUUGUCUUUUGUUUGAUGAAUAACAUACAAUACACCCUUGUAAACUUGUAUGCGCCUAACGAGAACCAGAGGAAUUUUCUAGUCAGUGUCCUCACAAAGGUGGUAGCUGCACAGAGAGGCACCAGGAUAAUUUGCGUGGAUAUAAACCACGUCCUGGACCCAACCCUAGACACUUCCAUGUCUUCUACUACAGGCCGACAGAAAUCCCUCAAACCAACUUGCAAAGCCCUAACACAACUCUUGACGAAAUUUAAUCUGUAUGACUGUUGGAGGACACUCCACCCCUUAGAUAGGGACUACUCAUACUACUCUAAACCUCACGGGACGUACUCCAGAAUAGAUAUACUACUCAUACCGGGACCUUCUCUUAAUCUGCUUCAAACAUGUCACAUGGGCAACAUCGUCUGGUCAGCCCACACGCCAGUGUUUACUACGUUUAGAGACGAAUUCGCCUUUAGGGGCUGUAACCCAUGAAGACUUAAUGGCUCCAUCUUACAGGACAACAAAUUUAGCUCAGAAAUAGAAUCUGAACUCAUGCACUACUUCUCUAUUAAUGAGUCACCGGAGACGUCACCGACAUUGGUAUGGAGAGCCCAUAAGGCUGUAGUACGCGGAUUGUUUAUACGACGAUCCUCCUUCCUAAAAAAGACCUCCCAGAUAAAAUACUUGAACCUACUGAGGAAUUUGAGAGACGCAUCAGCCUCCAAUUUACUCAACCCAAACCCGGAAGACGCUGCAACAAUCACCCAAGCCCAAUCCGAACUCAAUGACAUAAACAUAGCUAGCACAACCUGUACACUUCAAAAACUGAAAGCUAGGGAGUACUGUAUAGGAAACAAAGCCAGUUCACUUCUGGCUAACCGACUUAGAGAUGCACAGGCCCAAACCAAAAUAGUAUAUCUCCUCACACAAGAUAGGAAAAAGGUAAUCAAACCCCAAGAGAUCAGCGACCUUUUCGAUGACUUUUAUAGCCAACUCUGUAACUUAAAAAACGAUCCUAUGGUACACCAGCCUACUGAAGAGGAGAUAGCCAACUUCUUGAACAAAGUUUAUCUGCGCAUGCUCUCAGCCUCGCAACAAGAGUCCCUGGCAGGACCCAUUUCACAAACGGAAGUACUUACAGUUAUACAGAACCUACCAUUAAACAAAGCCCCAGGCCCAGAUCGACUUCCAAAUCUAUACUAUAAAAGGUUCUCCUCCAUCCUCGUCCCCCGACUGGUGUCACUUUUCACUUCCACCACUGCGCAAGCAACCAUACCGCAGGACAUGCUCGUGGCCAAUGUGGCCACCUUACCAAAACCUGGCAAACCGCCAGUCCAUUGCGCCAAUUUUAGACCUAUUUCCUUAUUAAAUUCGGUCGUGAAGAUCCUGGCUAAAGUCUAUGCCAACAGACUGACGACAAUCCUGCCGACUAUUGUACACUCCGAUCAAGUCGUUUUUGUGCAUGGCGGGCAGGGAGCGGACGGCAUGCGCAAAGCCCUUGCAUUAUUACAUACCAUGAACAGACACUUCCCCAACAGUCUCCUACUAUCUUUGGACGCUGAAAAAGCUUUUGAUCGCCUGCACUGGCUGUUCCUGCAGGCAGUCCUGACUAAAUUUGGCUUUCCCUCACACUUUAUUUCCAUGGUUAAAUCACUAUACAGUAACCCUGAGGCCCGGGUCUUCACGUCCGAAUUCCUAUCAAUGUCCUUCCCUAUCACUAAUGGCACUCGGCAGGCGUGCCCCCUCUUGCCUCUCUUAUACAUCAUGGCUUUAGAACUCUUAGCCAAAACCAUCCACUCAUCGACGGAGAUCACGGGCGUCAAAGUUGAAGGUGUGGAACAAAAAUGUAACCUUUUCGCAGACGAUGUCUUGCUAACUAACCAACCCACACAAAUCCUUACCAGCAUUCCAUGCUAUAUUGCAGCAAUAUAGCCACUGUUCGUACUAUAAGCUAAAUCUAUCCAAGACAUAGGCCAUGGGGGUGGGGAUGGAGGAUGACUCUGCCCAACUUGCGAAGCCAGUUUUCUUAUGACUGGAGAACAGACUACCUCACAUUCCUGGGGAUCAAACAACCACACACUAUGUCCAACUUGUACCACAUGUCAAACUUAGCAAAGAUAUUACCAACACCCUCCUAAACUGGAGAAAUAAAUUUAUCUCCUGGUCCGGCCGCAUAGCAGCAGUGAAGAUGGUGAUAUUACCCAAGUUACAAUACCUAUUCAGGACACUCACCUUAACAGUGCCGUCUGCUUACUUCCUGUCCCUCCAAAAGCAAAUUAAUUAUUCAUAUGGCAGGGAAAAAAACAGAGUAGCCCUAUCCACAUUGUACCAACCCGUACGGAUGGGCGGUAUGAGUCUCCCUAAUGUGCACCUAUACCACAAGGCAGCGGUUUUGGCUAGCCUCUUCUCCAUUAACUAAAAUACGUCCCCUCCCCAGUGGGUCUCCAUAGAACAACACUGGUUGAAAAACCAAGACAUUAAAACAGGGAUAUGGUUGCCACCCCACCAAAGGGGAGACACCUCGACCACACUUCCUGCCACUUUAACAACACAAAAAAAUUGGGACUCCACCCGCAAACUCCUGUGCAGCUGCUACCUGAUUCCUUUCUCGACCCCCAUUAAAGCUCUGGCGCAUAUGAUACCUGACUUUAAUCAUAGGGUAUGGAAUAGAUGCGGGGUGUUCUACAUACAUUCUCUACUGGACAAGGACAAACUAGCCACAUUUGACCAAUUGAAGAUUAGCCACAUACUACCAAACACUGCACACCACUCAUACCUACAGCUGACUUCAUGGUGGAAAACCCAUGUACCACACCCCACACCGCCCACUACUAUUGCCCUAACACCCUUUGAAAAGAUUAUAAUGGCAGACGCGCCGGCGAAAAAGCCCAUCUCCACAUAUACAUGUUAUUAAUGCCCCGAAAGGGAAUUAAAUCCCUUACUUGUGUACGCUCCUGGGAAAAUGACCUGGAUCAAACACUGCCAGAACAGACCUGGCUGACCUCCGUAAACGCAACCAGGGGCCUGACAUUUUGCGCUUCUCAUUUAGAGAUCACCCGCAAACUUUUUUACCGCUGGUACAUGGUCCCAACACGUCUAGCCACUAUGGACCCGAAGAUGUCCAGCAUUUGCUGGCGCUGCAAAAUGGAGACGGGCACGUUCCUACACACUUGGUGGAAAUGCUCGAAACUUCAACCGUACUGGAAAGUAGUUAUUUCUUUAAUACAUCAACACACUUCAAUCAUGAUACCGAACUCCCCGACCUCUCUGCUCCUACUCAUGUUCAAAGCCAACUACCCCAAGCUGAUUAAAUACCUAAUACUCCAUAUACUUGUAGCGGCCCAAAACUUUAUCGCACAAAAUUGGCUAUCACCCACCAAUGCGACAAUGCAAGAGCUGAUUCGACAUCUCUCCCAAAUUGGGAAAUAUGAAUCAAAUCUAUCGCAGGUACCGCCCAAUAAAAGUUGGAGACAUGAAGUAUGGGAAAGCUGGGAGCUGAAACACCCGACUUGAGGGUGACACAAGUACCUCACUAAUCAUAAAACUAAAUACAGGAGACCGUACCAAUACUAGCUGAACACUAUGAGGCUUGCUCACAGAAGAGAAGUACUCACCAAAUUGUGUGCCUAGGGCAUGACAUUUAUACCAAAAGCCUUAUAACCUCCUUGCAAAGAGCUGGCUGGAUGCAAAGUUUCCUCCCCCUCCUCAUCUCCCCAUGUUGUCCCCGCCCCUCCCAACUACAUGCCCUUGCCUUCCAGUACCUAAAUCAGAAGACCCCAUCCUACCACGAUCCUCACACAAUACAAAGACACAGAGAGGUAACGACUCGUAACAUAAUCUAUAUGUGAAAAGUAAUGUGCUCCUCCCAUGUCUAUAAAACUACUGAAUAACAAUAAACUGUGUGUUCCAUUUCUGUGAAGAUACACUGUUUUACCCCUUCCCCUUUUUUUCUUUCUGUACCCCCUAAACUGCAUUUUAUGACAAAAUAAACAGUUUCUGCCCCUUGGACUUCUAACUGGAACACAUUCAAACAUGUGGCGGCGGCCAUUUUAAAUUGUCCAGGGGUGCUUUGUCGUCUAGUGUAUAGAACUGUUUUGGGCAUGGGACAAUGUGUACGGGGGGUAAAAAUAAGACUUCCAGGAAAUUCCUGAACCCCUGAACCGAUCUGGGUCAUUUUUGGAUAUGUUGUUCACCCAGAUCAGAGCUAUCAGGGGAUGUAGGGAUAUGUUGUGUUUUGGAGUACUUUUUGAGGUUUGUAAAAAUGUAUGUUUUUUUCUGUUUAGAGCUAAUUGAGUUAGCCCAUUCGGUUUGUUAAUUGUAUCACAGGCAGAGGGGAGUGAUUGUGUACACUGUAGGGGAGUGUCUGCAUGUAAGACUCCGUUUUUAUUGGUUUGUUAAUUCUGUAUCCUGUGCCCUACAAGGUUCACUUGGGCGUCAACCUUGUGGGGAAAACUGUAUAAAAACUCAAGCUGUUCAAUAAACCUUCAAACCUUUUUACCCUCAACUCACAGCCUCGUCUCGUGUUGUAGGGAACCGCUAUAAUCACAUUGGGGAUUGCUAUACUCUGCAUACUCCCCAGGGUUCUAAUCACUAGCUCUUCUAAGAGCUGUUCCUGCUUCGCUCUCUGAAGGAAGAGAGAUUCACCCACUGGAGUCUGGAGCCUUGUCGUAGGUCCAGGGUGAGUAGGAGACGGCGAGACCCCAACCAAGCAGCGGCAGUUCGUGUAGUCUGCAUAGCUUAUGGUGUCUGGUGCGUUGCUGAUGGUCCUUGGUAAGCACUAGGAGCAUCGAUUGAUGGAGGAUCCGUCACAACAUCUAUUAUAUUAACAAUUAUUUCAUUAUGUGAAAGAAUUUACCUUGAUUCCAAGGUUCAAGCUUAUAGGUGUCAUAUUAGAUAGCCUAUAUUAAAAGUGGCUAACUUGGACUCAGGAAAUGCUUAAUGCUUAAAACAACACUGAAGACCAAAUAUGUCUAGUUCCGGGAGCAGAUAUCCCCCACCUGAGCUGUCUCUACUAAAUCAGUCUGCUCCUUCUCUUUCCCGGAACUUGUCUGUUAUAUGUACAUGAUGUUCAUCCCUAUGUCUUAUCUGUACUCCCUUUACCCUUUUACUCCCUCCCUACUACUGUUCUAUGAGUAUUUGCACUUAAGCACUAGUUUUUUAAUGUAUAAAAACAUAACUGACAAAAUAAAGGUCAGAGGCUUAUUUUAAUAACCAACACGUGUCUGGUGUCUGAAUUCACUCUUUUCCAAGUGCACUUGAAACAAUUUGGGUUCCCGUGAAUAUAACAAAGAUCAGAUUGGAUUUAUAUCAAUUACAAUGGCACAUGUCAAGGCAUGGAAUGUAUUAGGCAGUAAGUGAACAGUUAUUUCUUGAAUGUCAUGUGUUUGAAGCAGGAAAAAUGGGAAAGCAAUCUGAAUGGCUUUGAUAAGGGGCAAAUGGUGGUUGCUAGACGACUCGGUAAGAGCAUCUUCAAAAUGGGAAGUCUGGUAGGGUGUUCCCAGUAUGCAGUGGUUAGUAUAUACCAAAUGUGGUGCAAAGAAGGACAACCAGCAUCAGGGUAAUGAGCACCCAAUGUUCAUUAAUGGACUUGGAGAGCGAAGGCUAGCCAUCUGUGCUUAUCGCAUAAAAGAGCGACUGUAGCUUAAAUUGCUGAAAAACAAUGCUGGCCAUGAUAAGUGUCAGAACACACAGUUCAUCGCAGUUUGCUGUGUAUGGAGCUACGUAGCUUCAGACCGGUCAGAGUGCCCAUGAUGACCUCACUCCAUUGCUGAAAGCACCUUCAAUGAGGUCGUGAGGGUCAUAACUGGACCAUGGAGCAUUAAAAAAAGGUUGUCUGGUCUGAUGAAUCACAUUUUCUUUAAAAUCAGGUGGAUAGCCAGAUGCAUGUGCUUCUUUUACCUGGGGAAGUGAUGGCAGCAGGAUGCACUGUGGGAAAGAAGGCAUUCCGUGUUAUGCUUUUGCCUGUGAUCUACCUAGAGAUUGUUGCAGACCACGUACACCCCUUCAUGACAAUAGUGUUCCCUGAUGGCAGUGGCUUCUUUCAGCAGGAGAAUACACCCUGCCUCACUGCAAAGAUUGAAAUGGCUUGAGGAACAUAAUAAAGAGUUCAAGGUAUAGCUUUGGCCUGAAGAUUACUCAGAUCCUAAUCCGAUUGAGCAUCUGUGGGAUGUGCUGGAACAACAAAUCUGAUCCAUGGAAUCCCCAUCCACAGCUUGCAGGACUUAAAAAUUCUGCUGCUAAUAUCUUGGUGCCAGAUAAUACAGGACAUAUUCAGAGGUCUUUUGGAGUCCGUGCCUUGACGCACCAGAGCUGUUUUGGCAGCAUAUGUAGGUAUUUGGCAGGUUAUUUUAUUGUUGUGGCUGAUCAUUGUUUUUUCAAGAAAAAUAAUGGUUUCAAAUACUUGCUUGAUCUGCCUCUUCCAUGAUGCCUGCCACUGAAGAUAAUGUAGGAUUGCAUAACGAAAUGGAUGUGUGUGCUACUUUACAGCCAUCUGUGUGAAUAUUUUUAACUUCAAUAGGAGGGUUACAUUUAAAUCCACAUUGUAUAUCUAAAAAUCAAGUACAACUGAUUUUAUUUUGUAGAAUGUACGUAACAGAUCUCUCCCACAUGCUAAAGGAAUUUCUACUACUCCUUUAAACUGUAAGUUUGCUGGUUCAUUUCAAGACCUUAUCACAUUAACUUAUUUUCUCAUAAAAUAUAAUCUAUUUAGAAUUGGAAUAAAAAAAAAAACUAUACUGUGUGACAGUACGCCAUCACCGAGUGCCAUAUCCCCAUAUGCCUGCUGUCUAUUUCUAUGGAGAGAGAUAUGUAACGGCUGGCCUGAUUUGUUUGGUGCAGGCAAUAAACUUGCGUUGACAUUUUUGGGAUUGUUUUUCAUGUGCCUGUAUAUGAAGCUGUGAGUCAACAAAGGGGCAGGGGGGAGGAAGGGGGGGCAGCAGCUCUGUAAAGUAUAGUUAAGUGAAAUGUAUUGCUUGUCUGUGCCUCUCCCCCUCUCAAUCCCCCAAAUCCCCCUUCCUUUUCUUGUCACAGCAGGGCAUUGCCACCGGGAUACUGCCAGCCCUAGUUUGAACUGGCUGCUUUAUCCCUCUUCCAUCACCUAUCAGCUUCUUGGGAUUGAAACCCUUGCUGUUUUGUGUUGGAGACCCCAUAUAGGGAUCUGUGCAUGUAAAGCCAUGUGUGACUAAAUAAACAGUCAGUCAGUGUUGCACCUCCAGAGCUGUGUGUCGUCCAAAUACUGGGGGGGAAAUGGGUCUCUUUAUAUUCUAGAGUGGUUCCUGAGCGGCUGAAGGAAGGAAAUAGCGGAGGUAACUGAUUGGGUUACCCGGUGUCUGCUACAUAUAUAAUUAACCCCUUAGUGACCGGACGUACAAGGUACGUCAGACAAAAAACAGUCGUUAACGACCGCUGACGUACCCUGUACGUCCAUGGCAAAAAUGAUCGCUUCCAGAUGCUCUAAUAGUAUUCCAUGAUGCCACGAUAUCGAGGCAUCAUGUAAUACCACACUACACUGCCGGGCUCCCGAGUGAUCGCUCCCCAUGGAGCGAUAUAUAUAUAUAUAUAUAUAUAUAUAUAUAUAUAUAUAUAUAUAUAUAUAUAUAUAUAUAUAUAUAUAUAUAUCUCAAAAUCCAAACAGGUUAUGGUGGGGAACAAAUUGUGAUUGAAAACCCCUUCCACCUGAAGUCUGUGGAUAGUUAAUACAAUGUUAAACAAAAAUCUGCACACCAGUCAAGCCAUAAGACUUGCUUUUCCCACAGAAAUCCCAAAUCUGCAGUGAUGUUACAACCGCAAAGGAUUCUGGGUGGGCAUAUGCAAAUUAGUUUAACAAAGAAUCACAUUUUUGCCUUAUUCCAUUUUAAACAUGGAUUCCUUUUAAUCUGUGUUUGCAGUAUACAACUGCUUGGAACACAAUUUAGGAAAAGAUGCAAAACCAGUGAACCACUCAUGGACAGCUGUUUCGUUGUUAAUGCAACUCUUCUGUGGGAAAGGCAAGUCUUAUGGCUUGACUGGUGUGCAGAUUUUUGUUUAACAUUGUAUUAACACACUCUCUCUCUCUCUCUCUCUCUCUCUCUCUCUCUCAUUUAAUUAAAAAAAUGUAUAAAUAAUAUAUAUAAUAAAUUAAAUUUAAAAAAUUAAUUAAAAAAACAUGCAUAAAUAAUAUAUAUAUUUAUACAUAUUUUUUAAUUUAUUUUUUUAAUAUAUUAUAUAUAUUAUUUAUACAUUUUUUAUUUAUUUAUUUAUUUUACUUUUAUUAACUUUACUUUGAGAUACCAAAAAGAUAAAGAUAGCCAGCACUCUAGGUCUUGUGUAAAAAGAUUUUCUUUAUUGAAGAUCCCACAGAAGGUUAACGUUUCAGUUCACCUAGGAACUUUCAUCAGGACAUUUAUAUUAUAUAUAUUAGUUCAACUGGGGGAGUGUCUCUGGGUGUCAUGUAGAUUAGCGAUGUGGUCCAAAUUGGUUGCUUGCUAAUCAUAGAUUACGUCACUUCGUCUUUGGUGUCGGAUGUGUGAGAGCAUUUCUACAUCCAAAUAAUUUCUUAAUUAAUAGGAAUAUUUUUUUUUGGUUGAUGUGAGAACUUGUUCGGUAUAUUAAAAAUACUUGGCAUUUACAGUCUGAUGAGAAACAACUGGAAGUGGUAUGGAAACUUAAUUCAACUUUAGGUGUCAGAUAUAGAUUUAAAGUAUCAUCAAUAAUUACCAAAUGAUAUAAGCAUUUCACUGCAUAAAUACUUACCUUAAAUUAUUAUAGAAACAUAGAAUGUGACGGCAGAUAAGAACCAUUCAACCCCACUAGCAGUGGCGUACACACAAUCCAUGGGGCCCCGGUGUGAAACUGAUCCGUGGGCCAUCUCCCCUCUCUCCCCCGAUCCGUGCGCCUCUCUCUACCCCGAUCCAUGCCCUCCAUCCCCCUGACACAUACAUACAUACAUACACACACACAGACAUACAUCCCUCGACAGACACAUACAGACACACACACAUAUAUAUACAGACACACACACAGAGACACAUACAUACGGGGCCCCAUGGAUUGUGUGUACGCCACUGCAUACAUAGACACAACCACAUACAGAGACACACACACAUACACAGACACAUACAAAUGGGGCCCCAUGGAAUGUGUGUACGCCUCUGCAUACAUAGACACACAGACACACACACGUACAGAGACACACAGACACACAUACAGAGACACACAGACACACAUACAGAGACACACAGACACACAUACAGAGACACACAUACACAUACAGAGAGACACACACACACAUACAGAGACAGACACACACACAGACACACUUACAGACAUACACAAACACACACACAGAGACACACACACACACACACAUACAUACAGAGAAACACAUACACAAAAUGUCUCCUACCUUGUUAAUUUCCCUGGGGUCCAGUGGUGGCUUAGCCUGAUGGGAGUCAGAAUUCACACUCUGACUCCCUCCUCCUUCCUCCUGCGCGGGCUCUCAGUAUGCUAGGAGGAGUGACCAGGGAAUCACUUCCUCCCAGCUCUGAUGUAAUCACAGGGGGCCCGGCCGCGCUCUUAAAGCACCCCCAGCGCAGCCCGGGCCCCCUCACAAUGCAUAUCCAUCGGGUGGCCCUGACAGCAUGAGCCACCCGAUGGUUCCUCCAUAUGCGGGGCCGCAAAAUGUGGCAGCAGGCCUGGUACCCGGUCGCAGGGGUCCGCAGGGCGGCCGGGCCCCCUGGAGUGCCGGGCCCAGUCGCAGCUGCGAUCCCUGCGACCGCGGUAUGUAUGCCGCUGCCCUCUAGUCUGCCCAAUUUUCUAAAUACUUUCAUUUGUCCUUGGCCUUAUCUUAUAGUUAGGAUAGCCUUAUGCCUAUCCCACGCAUGCUUAAACUCCUUUACUGUGUUAACCUCUACCACAUCAGCUGGAAGGCUAUUCCAUGCAUCCACUACCCACUCAGUAGAGUAAUACUUCAUGAUAUUAUUUGUAAACCGUUGCCCCUCUAAUUUAAGACUAUGUCCUGGUAGUUUUUCCUUUUUUAAAUAUAGUCUCCUCCUUUACUGUGUUGAUUCCCUAUAUGUAUUUAAAUAUUCCCCCCCAUCAUUCCAGUCAGCUAAGGCGUUUCUGAUUUAGUUAAAUAUAUUUGACUUUAAAAACUUAAAUAUUAAAUCUUGUGCAAGAUAAUGUAGCACACAAAAAAAAAUAGCUUCCAUUGUAAGGAGUAUACACUUUAUUUUUUUAAUAAUAGACUCUGGGUGGGAUGCAAAUGUGACAUCCAAAGGGUUUAUGUGCUUUCCAAAAAUAUAUACAAAAAUAGGUUUAUUUAAAAAAAAGAAAAUGUGUGACAGGUACACUUUUUAAUGAAAUCAUGCCAAUGAAUGCACGCACAAACAUGCAAUUGCCAAAUACAGUCUAAUGAACAUACGCGAUAUCAUCAGCAAAAACAGGGCACAUGGUAGACUUUUAUCUCAAUAGCAGCUAAUUGAUCUGUACCUUUUUAUAAAGUCACUGAUUGCCGGUACAAAAAACAUAAAAUUUGAAGGACACACUGAAGGAGAGGUGGUAAGACCUAGAGUCAGCAUAUGUGUGUGAUCUGGUUGGAUUUAAUAUUGCGCAAGUCUGUCGCGUCCACGGAAAGUACAUCUUGUUCGCAAAAGUAAUAAACCGUCUUUUAUUGCAUCUAGCAAACUAGGCCACACGAUAGCUUUUUACUGAAAGUAAUUUCUAACUGUAUGGAUUUUGUAAAACCUACAAAGUUUUGGAUUUCAUGUUUUUUGACUCAUAAUUUUUUUUGUAUUUCAGGUUGAUAUGCAACUCUACAUUUUGUCAUUUCUGUCACCACAAGAUCUCUGCAUGCUUGGAUCAACUAAUCAUUAUUGGCACCUGUUGGUCCAGGAUCGUGUGCUUUGGAAAUAUUUCCUAUUACGAGAUCUUCCAUCUUGGCCAUUCAUCGAAUGGCACAGUUUACCGGACCAAAAUAUACUGCACUCGUGCUUUUCUGAAUUACAGGAGGGGAAAGCUCCUAAUUAUAUGUCUAUGUAAGUUAUAUAGGCUGCAGAGUUACCAAAACAUACUUCCUGACAUAUCUAGAGAAAAACUGAACGUUAUUCCUUUUCGGAUGCUUUUGCUAAUUGCUUUGGGUUUAUUGCCCUUAAAAUAUUCCGUUAUUUCAUCUUACUGUGAAAUUAACACAUUACAAUUUAUUAUUUUCUUCACAUUUGUUUAAAUAUGCCCAAGAGUUUAACAAAGUAUGCGUGCAUUCUGAUACAGAUCAUUCUGUUUUAUUACAAUCUGCAGAACUUUUACUUAGAUCACAUUUUCCAAUACUGAUAAUAAUUACGUUAAUAUCAUGUGUCUAGAUAUUUAAAAUGCUGCCCUAGAAACAGAAAAACUUUGCGGCCAAGACACCCUGUUUAUGGUGCAGUGAGCAACUUUCUCCAGUCGCUGGUGAUGCAUGGAGAGCCUCGAUUUGCUAUGUUUGGCCCUGGAAUAGAACAGAUGGAUGAUUCUUUGGUUGCCCGAAUGAUGACCUCUCCCGAUCUUGUUCCAGUUAUGUGCAUACUUCAGAAACAAAUUCAUGGUGAGUUUUAAGAACUAAAAAAAUCCAAUAAAACUAAAUGUUUAUAUUAAACAUAGAUCUUUGUUUUGAUGGAGAAGAAAUUAUUUGUUAGAGGACUCUUCCACUUCUUCAGUAAAAUAUAAAAAAUAUUUCUUCAUUUAAUUUAUAUUGUUGUAGCUUUAUAUAAAUAUUGAAUUACAGGAAGCACCUCUAGUGGCCAUCUAAGUGACUGCCACUGGAGGUACUACUACAGUUUACAGUAAUGUAAACAUUGCCUUUUCUAUGAAUACUCAAUGUUUACUUUAAAAUACCUGCAGUGAAAGGAUACAGAAUACAGUGUCCCUUUAAAGACAAAGAAGCUGAACCGGAAGCAUGGUUGACUUGGAGAAUGUUUACAGUUUGACUAUAUUGGCCUUAACUGAUAAUCUCUUUGAAUUCCUGCCCAUUCUAACUUUAUACUACUUUAGUAAGAAACCCUGCCUAUGUUUACACUCUCGUUCCAGGCGGGCCAGCGACAGCAAUGUGCUAUGUAUGACUGAUUUGCUGCACAUCCAGACUCUGUAGCCACGUCAAAUCAUUGAAGUGUUUAUGGUGCUUGGAUUAACUGUUUACAUAGAAAAGUGCAAUCUUUUCACUCUAUUAUUUUGUUUUCCUUCUGUCUUGAAUUUAGCAAUCCUUCUGCUUUAACAGGUUUAUUUGUCUAGUCCUGAUAUGUUGAUGUGUUCUUUUAAAUCUGUGUUUAUUCAUUCAUGUUUUGAUCUUAUCAGAAAUCAGGAUGCACCUGUUGUGAGUGCAUUAAAACCCAAGCAAACAUUAAAAAAACAAAACAAAUAAAAGCAAAAACACAGUUUUGCCGUGGAAACAGUUCUAUGUACUAUGUAUGUAACAUCUUGACCAACCUAUUUCCUAUAGUGGGAAAAUGGUCAAUCAAAGUAACUCUUUCACCGUACACUCCAUUCAAAAUGAUAUAGACUACUUUGUCUUCGUAUUUUUACUAAUCUUGGCAAAAGGCUGAGCUACUUUUUUUGUCAAGCUUAUCAAGCCCUCAGUUGUCACUAGUGAUGGCAGAGGGGAAAACGGCUCUGUCAAUGGAUGAUCCUGCAAAGAUCCCAUACUUGGGCAGAACCUCUUUAAACAACUAAAACAAUUCAUUUUAACUAGAGAUUUAUACUACAGUACCUACCAAGACUGGUGCAAGCAGGGCGGAUGCAAGGAUUUUUGCAGACCUAGGCAAAAAAAAUGUUGCUGCCCCAUUCGCUCCACAGUGGCCAUGUAGGUUUAAUACCAUAAAACAUUGCCUUACCUUGAAGUGUUAGACAAGACUCUAGUGGCUGUCACAUUGAAAGCCACUAGAUACACCUCCGCUACAAUGUCAUGUAACUAUGAGAAGCAUUGGAAGUGCAUAGCGCUUGCCUCUUAUGCGCUUCAGGCCCCUAAUACUCCUGUAUGAGGAACAGCAUUGCCCUAUUAGUGAUCGUGAGCGAGGUAAGAAGGCUAAGGAGUCUUGGUGCUUAAUAAAUGUAAGUAAUCCCCCACCUUUUUUUAAAAUUUAUUUAUUUUUUAUAAACCAAUUUUUAUUGUGGGGGGGUGGGGGUGACUUGAAUCUAUGUAGGGACAGAGACACUAUAGUAUUUGGAAUACAGGUUUAGAUUCCUAACAAUGUAGUGUUCCGUUAAUAGUAUUGUAUUUUUUUUAAAUUAAAAUUCAAUCACCGGUAGAUGCAUACAAUCACCGGUAGAUGCAUACAUAUAUAUAUACACACACAAACACUCACACACAUUUACUUAUUCAUACACAUUGGUCCACACAAUUACAAUCAGUGACCAGUGCACACACACAUUCACUGACUCACCCAGAGUGACACACACACAUGGACUCAAGCAGACAUACACUAACUCGUGUAGACUGACAUACACACAUACAUAUACACACGCACACACACUGACUGAUGCAGAUUGACACACCUAUGCAGAUACAUUCCCAAGCAGACACAUACAAUUUACGCAAGCAGACACCCACACUGAUGCAGAUACACACACUGACCCAAGCACGCACACACACAUACACACUGAUCCAGACUGACACACACACUGACCCAAGCAGACACACAAAGAACACACUGAUCUAAACACACACACUGACCCAAACAGCCACACAAACACUGACCCAAGCACCUGCGCGCACACACACUGAUCCAAGCAGACACACACACUGACCUAAGCGUGCGCACACACACACAUACACACUGAUCCAAGCAUAUACACACUGCCUGAACCAAGCUGACACACACACACACACACCAUGCCUUUAUUUAAUAUGGUUUCUCUGUGGGUCCCAGUCCAGGCCUGGCUGCCUUCAUUCUCUUUAAGCUCCGUCCCUGCUGUACUCCUGCCCACUUGACCCUGAGUACAGGGGAACAGGAGGAGUGAUUGAAGUGCCCGUGCGCUGCGGUGUAGGUGGUGUGUAGGGGGGCGGUUCUGUGAUCCUGGCUGACUGAGGAUGAUGGUACCUGGCGCUAGUCUGGAGCCAUGUAUGUGCUCCCUAGCACCUGGUGCCAUUACCUGCGGCAUGCCAAACACAAUUUGACCCAUAUAGAGGGGUGGCCAAAACCAGCAGUAAAACUGCUGCUGGUGCUCCCCCCCCUUGAGUAGCGCCCUAGGCGGCUGCCUAAUCGGCCUGUAGGAUGCGCUGGCCCUGCGUGCAAGGAUGGACAACCGGUGAAUUAGCGUCAUGGUAAUGGGACCCAAGGCUCAUUGAUGCACGUAGGGAGCAAAGGCUAGCCUGUCUGUUCCAAUCACACGGAGCAGCUACUGUAACUCAAGUUGCGGAAAAACAUAAUGAUGGUCAGCUGAUGCCAAUGCUCGGGAAGAUAUGUCAGCAAGAUACAAUUUGCGAAGAAGGCAGUCAGGUGGAGGCGAUGCUAUGCUCUGGGCAAUUUUCUGUGGGAUACCUUGGAUCCUGGCAUUCAUAUGGAUAUUAGUGUGACACAUACCACCUACUUAGAGAUUGUUGCAGACCACAUACAUCCCUUCAUGGCAAUGGUGUUCCCUGAUGGAAGUGGAUAAGGCACCCUGCCAUACUGCAAAAAUUGUUCAGGAAUGACUUGAGGGACUUGACAAAGAGUCCAAUGUGGUCUUGUCCUCCAAAUUCCCCAGAUCUCAAUCCGAUUAACCAUCUGUGGCAUGUGCUGGAACAACAAAUCCGAUCCAUGGAGGCCCCGCCUCACAACUUGCAGGACAUAAAGGGUCUGCUGCUAAUGUCUUAGUACCAGAUACUACAGGACACAUUCAGAGGUCUUGUGGAGUCUAUGCCAUAAGGCGUCAGAGCUCUUUUGGCAACAUGAAGUGGACUAACAUGAAAUUAGGCAGGUGGUUUUAAAAUGUGGCUGAUUAGUGUGUGUGUGUGUGUGUGUGUGUGUGUGUAUACACACACAUACAAACAACAAAAAGUUGAUAUCUCAAGUGUGACCUCAAAAAAAGUCUGCCUUGGGCACAACAAUUCUGAGAACUCAGGUUUCCCCAGUGUUCCAGAGUUCACAGCUCCACAUGAAACAGAGUGAACAAGUAUCAUGUUUAGCAAUGGAGCACUGUUUUAAACACCGCUUUUUAAAUCAAAAUAUGGUUUGUGAUACAAAAGAUCCAGACACCAAAAAACUAUCCUAGUUUGUAUAAUUUCAACGAAUGGGUCUGCCAGCAUUUAGCAAGUGUCAAUGUGGAGUUAUGUUUUGUUCUCACCACACCUUUAAUAUUGUGAAGUGAAAGAAGGUCAAUUUAGUGUUAACCUUUACACCACAUUACUACUAACACUAAACAUUAACCCCUACACUACCUUAACACGAUCUCCAAAAUAAAGAAUGCCUAAUGACAAAGCCUAUAUUAUGGAAAAUAAUGCCACCUUGGGGUUCAUUAAAUGAAGCUGGGUAAUUGCUGGACUUCAUCACAAUUAUUGGCAUUUUCAAAAAUAAUGUUUUUUGAAGCUCUGAGUUCUGAAACGUUUAAAACACACUAUAGCUAUCAGAAUACAAACCUGUGCUGAGUCUCUAUUUAGAUUCAAUACCUCCUCUUUUGCAAAGUAAAAAAUAGGACAAAAAAAAAAAGCUUUUUAACUUUUUUCCCCAAUGACGAGAUUGUCUCAGUGCAGCUGCCUUUGCCUAAGACAGCCAUUAUAGGUGUGUUUAACUCUGCAAUGUUUUACAUAACCGGGUUACAACUACAGGACCACUGCACCCAGACCACUUCAUUGAGCUGAAGUGGUCUGGGUGCAUUUAGUGGUUCUUUAAAACUGUACACUAUUUUGAUGGAAUAAACACAUUUAUUUACUUUUGCGAAAGUCCUGAGUGCCCCAUCUUCAUUUAUUUUGAGUUUUUAACAGUUACUUGGGAGCAUCCAAGCAACUCAUCUUUCUAAAACUGUAAAAUUCUAAUAAGGUUUUGCAGAGUCACUUGAUUCACAGUUACUUCUCUUUUGACUGCAUUUUACUGAAAAUCAUGUGAUUUCUGUAACCGAGAAGCACAUGAAAAUAAUUACUUUGAUGUCACAGUCAGUAAUUACAUUAACAAAACAUCACAAUUCCUCUCUUACAACCUGUUGACUGGAAUAUUACUUAAUGCAAUUCAUUUUAACUCCUCGAUCCCCAUACCUUUCAGUGAUUCAGAUAACUGUUUCUCUAUGUAUUCCUUAAAUUGAUAUAAUUAUGGUAAGUUCAGGUACUUUUUGCUAGUUAUAGUGGGAAUUUAUGUUGCAAUUAGUCUAUGGUUAACCUCUUAAGGAAACAACUUCUGGAAUAAAAGGGAAUCGUGACGGAAUAUUUCCGUCAUGUGUCAUUAAGGGGUUAAAAAUAAACUGCUACUAAAAUUGACUUUGCUAAUUUAUGUAAUUUUAUUUGGGUACAUUAUUCUGUAGGUAUAGCUGGGGAAUGGUGGUGGUGAUAUGAGUUUCUUUCGAGGUUUAGUAUUUUUUUCUUUCUUGCUUUAUUUUGCUUUAUUUAUUUGUUUGUGUUUGAUUUCUGGUUUGAAAAAAAAACUGUCAAGUGAUGCAUGUCCUUUUAAAAUUUGGAAAUUAUACAAAAGCCACACUUUUGUAUUUCUUCAUGGCAAAUAUGGUAAAACCACAGGCCACUAAUAGAACAUUGUUUAUAUCUUUGAAGCUGUUAACUGUAGGUUUGCCACUUUGUUGCACCUUGUUGCUUAUGUUACAAUGCUUUAAAUAGCCAAGUGAAGAUGAACAAGGGAUGGGAUUUUGUUUAAAGAGGAAUUGUAUCUUCCAGAGACGUUACAGUUUCGUGUUCCGUCACCCCAGUGAACGCUAUUGAGCUUUACCAAGGUGAAUAAAGCUUAGUUAGCUAUUCGGUUGUGCUAACGUUGAGGAAGUGACCGUUCCGCUUUAAACUGGUCCGUUUACGUUACAAUAUAAAAAUGGAGACUAGUUAUUAUUGUAUCAUGUGAACUUCAUUAGACUUAAUUUGCUCCUUUUUGUUUAACUGUUUGUUUUUUAAGCAAUAAGAUGAAUUAAGUAACAAGCAGACAAGGGUGACGUUAUAAGAUCCACCGUUUUCAUCCAUAUCAAUGAGAGAACAUAGGGUUAUUCAGUAAAGUGAUAAUUCAAAGAGAGUUUCAAAUUUAAGGUCAAAAUAGCUGAAUUUGAAAAUUAAAAAGUCAACUAUGCCGUAAUUUCAGCUCUGGCCGCCUUAAAUUACAAUUCACCUUGAAAUCUCAUGUUACUAAAUAAUCCUCCUGAAUAGUUUUUUAGCGACUAAUUAGUUUUUCCUGGCUUUCUAAAACCAGCAUAUCACUAUAAAAUACCAGGAGAUAAUGCAAAAUUGAACAUAAAAUUAAACUGACUUUUCUCUUUUGAACUUCAUGCUGUCUGAGGGAUUAGUAAAAUGAUCCAAUGUUUUAGAGACAAUAGUGCUAUGUACUGUAUAUUUUUCAUACAUUAUUUAAUAUAUGAGGUAAGCUGGGUGUUUCCUGGUUAGAUAUGUUGAUAGGAUUCUACAAAGACACCAUAUACAGAGUGAGAGCACUCCUUUUAAUUAACUGCCCAAUUAAUGUCUUACCCCUCCCACAUUCACUUUGACUAGAUUAAUAUAGGUGCUGAAGAGUUUGGUACUUUGCAAAUAAGUAGUAUAGCAAUUAUGGCACCUCAUGUAUAUGUGUUUUUUGAUAGGUAUUUAUUUAAUUCUCCUCUUAUUUAUAUCAUUAUUUUCUUUUUUGUGUUUAUACAGGAAUUGGCUCGGGUGUUACUUUUCAACUCGACAAUCAACAUAAAUUUAACAUUUUAACUUUAUAUACCAGAACAAGGUAAGUCUUUUAAGAAUGAAAGAAACAAAACUUGCAAAAUAAUAUUUAAAAGUACCAAAGUACUAGAGUAGAGUAGACACUGUCCAUAAGAGAAAACAGAAAACAUAAUUAUAAGUCCUCUUCGGUGUGAUAGAAAAGAUAAUCACAGCAUUCAUAAAACAAUGGGAUCCUUCAAGUAAUUUCACUAAGCUGCCAAAAUGUAAAUAGUCCUGCAUAGAGUAUACAUUACUCUGCAGUCCUACUUGUCUAUACACUGCCUUCUCUCACAUGCGAUAACUUUGUGCUCUAAAUCAAUGCAACCUUAAGACGACAAGGUACAUUUGCAGAGAUGUGCGUCUCGGAUUACAGAAAUGUCACUGUUUUUUAGACCACAAAAAUAAAACCAGACUGGCUGCACAAGCUGAUGCUGGUUUAAGAUUAUUUGAUUGUGAUUGACCCUCUGUGAUACAUAUGGCCUUUGGAAGGUGGUAUUGGUAGUGCUCUCUUCGAAUGGAACUCCACAUGUGAAGGAUCGCUCCAGCACCUACCUCUGCAUGGAGUAUAUUUGGAGACUUCCAAUGGUUAAUUUUUCUGUUGUGUAAACUUAAACUCUGUGUGACGAGACCAAUCUCGCCACUGUGCAUUGGAGGAGCCUGGUUGCCUGCCUGCUGCCUUUUGACUAUGGACCGGCAUUUAAAUAAUUUAUUUUCCUAUGCAGAAAGGUCUAUUCAUGUAUUUCUGCCCUGGCGUCCGGUAGAUUCUUGGAUUUACUGAAUGAACUCAUUUAACCCAGAUAGCUAUCCCAUGGAGCCUAUUCGUGGCAAUGAACUGUAUGUGUGCGGUCUGAGCGCCAUUCAGUAAUAAUGUGCGCUCAGACCUAAGCUAUCUGGGGAUAUGUUGCAUGUCUGUAUUUUAUGUAAUAAAUGUAAACUUGUCUAUUUUAUUGUAUUUUACUGUCUUUUUACUGCCAUGUGCUUAAUGGAGUUUUGCCUCUGUCCUUGGAGAUAAUUAGAUUACUUCCCAAUUAUCUCCAGGACGGAGAGGAGGGAUUGUGAUGUCAUUGUGGGAGUGUUUAUCUGUGUUGUAUGUUUUGAUUGGAUGUUUCACAAAACCCUGUGGGUGGGACUUUGUCUGUAAAAUGUGUAUAUAAGGCCAAUAAAGACAUCUCAGGCUGUUCACUGCUUGACCCUCAACACAGAGCUUUGUCUCGUUCUUGGGGGGAUUUACUGUAUGCUGUUAGAGACUGAUUUCCAGGAGUGUAAGCCGCUUGGGUGCUUUUCCUGUUCAGCUGCUAGCAGCUAUUCUUGAGGUUCCAGUUCGGGAGUUUGGAGUGCUACUUUGUAUCCUGUUCAGGAGUUUGGGGUUCUGCGGUAGCUGUGCCUGUGUCUCUGGAAGGGGAAGAUCUUCUAAAUGGCGUUUUAACCCCUUUUAUGCCUGGGGGUGCCGUUACACUCUGGUUUCUUGUUAGUUUGAUAAACCACUACUUGAGAUAUACAAAUAUAUAUUUUUAACAACUGUUUAUGUUCCAAUUUUAACGCUAUGAUAGUGGGUUAUUUCCUCAGUCUCUGGCAGGUUUGGGGAGGGGAACUACAAAAUCUUCAUUAUUUUUAAAAAGAGAGACAUAAUGAAACUGCUUUUCCAAAGUCAAAUUCUCUGGCUGAUAUUUUUUAGUAUUAUAUUUUGUUCUGGAGUUCUAUUACUAUAAACUGUAGCAAAUGAGGGCAAGUCCCUUUUGUGUCCUGUAUUGUGUCAAAUAUUCAUCGAGGCUGGUAUAUAUUUCUCCAACCAGGAAGUGCACGAGAUUAAAUGUUGGGCUUCUAACCUGCAGUUGCACUUUUAUGAGCACAAAAAUAAAUAAAAACCAAUGUAGCUGCUAAUAAAUAAAUAAAUACAAAGUACCAUGCAAAAAAUAAAAAUACAAAUAAAAUCCUCUGUUCUUUACUUUUGUAAUAAUAUAUAUUAUUGCUGUGGAGUUUCUUAUUAAUAUUACAUAAUGCCAAAUUUGAAACCCAAUGUACAUAUUCAGUGUUCGCCUUUUAACUUAAAGAAGAUGGUGAUCUGAUUAGUCUUCCUCAUACCAUGGUAUAGAUAAAAUCAGACAAAGGAGAUGAAUAAUUUGUCUUUUCAUUACUUGUCUUUAAUAAAAGCUUAAAUACUGCUUUGUGCAUACAAAACAUAAGGGGGCUCGCCAAAACAACUGUCAGCCAGUUGUGCAUGCACCCCUGUCUGGUUACCAUCCCCCCUUUUUUAAAGGGCCCACCCUUGUCAUUUCACCGUCCUGGUUGUGCUUUCACCACUUCCGAUAUUGGGCCCUAUGUUAACUGGUUAUCAUAUGGCGGUUUUAUUCCUUUUCCCAUCUGGUGACAUAUAUAAUCAUUCUCCAUAACAUAAAGUUUAUCCUAUGGAACAUGUGUAUCAUUAUUCACUUUUUUUGAUUAAUAAAAAUAUUAAUCAUUAUCAGAUAGAAACACAAAGAUAAAGCACCGCGCUUACAGCAGCAGUAGCUUAGUAUCCAACAGCUUAAAAUACAUAGUAAAAACAAAGAGAACGUUACCUGCGCUCUGGCCUAAAUCCCCAUGUACAUUUAAACAAAAUGGAGGCUCUUUAGUUUUAUUCCAAUGGCCAUUUGAAUAUAUAAGCUCACCUGCCACGUCAAGGCAAGCCUCAAUAGGUGAGUUGCUACACUAGCCAUUAGAUAUGCUGAUAUCAGCCAAGAAUCUCCAGUAAGACAGGAAGGGGUAUUUUAUAAACCCUUUCACAUUUAACCCUUUACAGCGCUUCUACACAUACAAUAAACUUUGCUGGUAUCAGACAAAGUGUAAACAUCUCUAAUGAGACAGGAAGGGGUAUCUUAUAAACCCCUACAUACUUAACCCUGAAUAGGGCUAUAACACAUACAAAUCACCUUGCUGGUAUCAGCUAAAAGGCAAAUUUCUCUGAUGCGACAGGUCGGGGUGCUGCCCCUACAUACUUAUAAACUCUUAAUAAGACAAAUGUGGGGAGGCUGGCAGCAAUGUAACAGACCUAAUGUUUUUGUUUGUAGCGUAACAUAUUUCUUUUAUUUGCCCAUUAUUAGUUAUGGCUGUUUAUUGUCAGAUCAUUCUGUAGUUAUAUUUUUAAAUUCUAGUUAUUUUAAAAAAAUAAUAAUUUUUAAGUUUUUAUUAUAAACAUUAACUACGAACAGUGACAUUGACAAUUCACCACACUUAGGCAUGAAUGAUGAUAUGCAUAAGUUGGAAGAAAUUAAUAAAUCCUAAAAAUCAUUGUCUAUUUUAUUUUAUGGAAAAAUCUUGUAAAAUUCAAACAAAGAGAUUUUUCACUGGGGUUGUUUGCUAAAGGGUGGGAAAGGCAGAAAAUACUUGCGAAAAGUAGGAAGGAAGGUAAUCGAGGGAUAAGGAAUAGCUUAGAUAUGAAAUUGUAAAAACAUUGUUAAAUUGACAGAAAAAAGGAGGGUAGUCAAUACAAAGGAUAUUGAAUAAGGCAAGAUUAGCUAGCAUGUAAAGACCGUUUGAAUUAGUUAAUGUAUUGGGACAAAAUAUAGGGUGAGAAACGGUUUGGAUAAUAAGAGUUUCUUUAUAUGUAAGCUUUAUUAAUCCCUUUGUCUACCUUUUUGCUGUCCCUUAUAACUAAUUUCCCAUUAAGGUCCCUAAUUCUUUAAAUGUUGGGUAUUGUUUGAAGACUUAUUUUUGUCUUCUGUUUCGUAGGUCCGAGAGAGAUCGAGCACGUGCGGAUCAGAGCGCAGCAGGAAAUAAAAUAUUUGUGUCUCAAAAUUCAGUACCAAACACAAAAGGAACACCAUACACUUUAAUACCACAAGUGAAGGAGGUAUGCAAAGUUGUGGAUGGAUUCAUCUAUGUGGCAAAUGCCGAAACUAACCGAGGUAGGUGCUUACUGCUUUUAUCCAGUCCUAUAACUCUUAUUACCAUUUUUUACAUGGCAGUGCCAAGUAUUUUUGGGGUUUUGGCAGAGAUACAUUGUGUUUCAAAUUGUGAGUAAAUGAGAACCAGACAUAGCACGUGGCAUAUAUUUUUGACACAUUUUAUUUUUAAAGUGAGACCAUCAUGAAAAGCAAAAUGUUUGUUCAUGUUUAUUCCAGAGCUGCUUUAAUUAUAUAAAUAUAAAAAUGUUUGCUUUUGAAUUCAGAACCAAUAGAAUGCAUGAUCUGAUCAAUGAUGUUUCUUAAUGUAAUGUUUUAAAAUUAAUAAUUGAAUUGACAAAUAUAUUUGGAGACUGAUUUAGAAACUGUGCAGAACCUUUUUGUUUUAUUAUUAUUAUUAUUAUUAUUUACAUCCGGGCAAUUGUGCCCUAAAUGUUUCCAAAUUCAUUUUAGUUGGUCUAACAUUUGGAUUCAACUCUUUUAUAGUUUCAAUAUUCAAGAAGACUGUUCAUUAGCUGUAUCAAAGAUGCAUUUUUUUGCAAUAUCACAAUUAACCAACUUGCUCACCUGAGCAACAUUACAAAUGGACUCAGGAACACUGUACCACUUGAGCUACACGUUAAAAUGUCACAAGGGUUUAUUUAUUAUAUAAGAAAGUAUGAAACAUUGAGUACAGAAUAGCCAAACAGCCAAAUUGAAAGGACCACAUUAUAUCAACAAAGUUGUCUGGUUGCAGUGGCCAUGCAGUUUUGACCCUGCAAUGUAAAUCAUUGCAGUUUUGUAGACACCUCUCUAGUGGCUUCCUAUACAGUGAACUCAGUCAAUGACAGAGUGAACUCAAGCAUUGAAUUAAUAAGGAGCCAUGGAUUAAACCAUCACAGAGAGAGCAACACCAGAUUAUGUUGUGGGAGGCAUAGUGGACAGCAGCACCGAGAGAGUCUUGGAAAUUAGGUAAGUACAUUUUUUUUAUUUUGUAGUAUUUUUUUUUUUUUUUUUUAAGUUGCAGAUGAGGCACUAUUCUAAUAUGGCCCAGGGCACUGUAGCGUUAGACAGCUUUGUAAUCCUAAUGCUAUGGUGUAUCUUUAAAUAAACAUAAAAAAUAAAUAUGUGGCUGUACCAGUUCCGCUGUUUUGGCCUGCUGACUUCAUCACAAUUCCUGAUUUAAUUAAUAGACCCUCAAGUGUUAUUAAAUGAAUUUUAUAUUUAUGAAAUGGUUAAUUGAUAUUUAACCAAUAUCUGCAUGGUCAACUUUAGUUUGUUUACUUGGCAUGCCCACAAGGCUUAGUUCUUUAUGGGCUGCUAGUAUGAACACUGAUGACAUUCUUUUUAAUUAAUUAAAAGUACUAAAGAAAAAUGUGCAUUAACUAUUAGUGAACAGGAUUCAUUAUUUAAUUUUCAUAACUGAUGGGCAGUUAUGCAGGCUCCUGGAUAAGUUCAUGUACUUAUGUGAUAGUUCAUCAAGAUUCCGCAAAGCAGUAUAAUUUAAUAUCUUCUUAUAGCUCAUCAAAAUAUCAUAAAACUGCAUGAUGGUAUAUCUGCAGGGCCGGACUGGGAACUAAAAGCAGCCCUGAAAUAAAUUCUAUCUCAGCCCAAUAAUAAGUCGCGCCAGCAUAGUGUGCUGAUAUAGAGGUGGAAAAGAUAACUUAAAAUGGAAAACUAUUAAUGCAACAAAAGAAAGCACUAAUAGGGCUUCAGAAUAAACAAAAGAGCGGCUUUAUUUUAAGGGUACGUACAUUUGCAUAUAAUCAAUGUUUUAAUCCGACUACCUUCACAUAUUAAGGAAAGUUUGGUAAUGGGAAUGAAACAGUGAAUGUAUGCGUUGCAGAACUAUAAAAAAAAAUGAUCUUGUUUAUUUUGAAGUCCUUUGAGUGUGCUUUUCACUUUGAAUGUAUAUUAAAAUAAGUAAAUAUGAUUGGCUUUAAUUAAUAUAUAUAUAUAUAUAUAUAUAUAUAUAUAUAUGUUACUAAUACACACACAUAUAUACAUGCAUAUAUGUUUGUGUAUUAAUGUCAGAAUCACAUCAGUUACGUCUAUCUGUACAUUGUUAGCAAGAUUGCUAGCAAAAUGUAUAUCUUGGAAGGAAAAUCUUUAAUAAGAGAUCUUUCUCUCACCUGUCAAUUAGCUCUUCGGCAUAAACUCUUAUGCUGAAGAGCUGAGUUACAGGGAGAGCGUGAGACACAGGUGAAAAUGCAUCCCCUACCUUCUCCCUCCCCCCCCCCCAACACACACACACACCACAAAAAUGCAUCUUCACUUGUGUUUCUCUUAACCUCCUUUUGAAUUUCUUGCUGUUUUUUUGUAUUUCUUAUUCCCUCCUUUGAUUUUUUUUAUUUUUUUUACCUCGUUUAGUGUAUCUGGUCUCCAAUUAUUCUCCUUUUUGUCUCUUACAACCCCCUGUGUGUCUCUUUCAGCUUCCCUUGUGUAUCUUUUACUUCAUCCCAGCUUCUGUGUCUCUUUUUACUCUUCUCCAGCCCUCUGUAUCUCUUUCCCCAAGCCCCUUUUGUCUUUCUCCACUUCUGAAUCUCCUCUGUGUGUCUCUUUCUAACUCCAGUCCUUCUGUUUGCCUCUUUCUCUCCUCCCAGCCACUCUGUGUGUCUUUUUCUCCCCCAGCUCAGCUCUGCUCCCCACAAACCUUCUGUGUCACUUUGUCCCCCUUCCCUUCUGUAUGUCUCUCUUUGUUUCCCCCAACAAACCUUCAGGGCACUGGCGUACAUACCAGGGUCGCAGGGGUCGUGACUGCGACCGGGCCCGGCCCACCAGGAGGCCCAGCCGCCCCUGCGACCCGGUAUGUAGCCACAGGGCCAGCCUCUUCCCCUGGGGGGCCCAGGAGCCGACCACCCCAGGGCCCCCCUGAGGCUGGCCCUGCUGACCCCGGGUGGCCGGUCGGGCAGGCAGGCAGGCAGGCGCGCGAGGGAGCACUCAGUGCUUCCUCUUCAGCUCCCUCGCGCACCGCAAUGAUACCGGAGCCGGAACAUGACGUCAUCUUCCGGCGCCGGCAUCCCUACGCGGCGCGCGAGGGAGCUGAAAAGGAAGCACUGAGUGCUCCCUCGCGCGCACGCCUGCCUGCCUGCCCGACCGGCCACCCGCCCAGGAGCCCCACUGGACCCCAGGGAAUAAUCCCCCCCAGCACUCCAAGAGGUAAGGAGGCUGGGGGGAUUAUAUUAAAAAAAAAAAAAAAUCAUGUGUGAGUGUUAGUGUGUGUGUGUGUGAGUGUUAGAGUGAGUGUUAGUGUGAGUGUUAGUGUGAGUGUUAGAGUGAGUGUUAGAGUGAGUGUUAGUGUGUGUUAGUGUGUGUCUGCUAGUGAGUGUUAGUGUGUUAGUGUGUGUGUCUGCUAGUGAGUGUCAGUGAGUGUGUUACUGUGUGUGUCUUACUGAGUGUGUGUGUGUUAGUGAGUCUGUUUGAUGUCUGUUAGUGAGUGUGUGUUUGCCAAUGAGAGUGUAUGUUUUGUAAGUGAGUGUGUAUGUAUGUCUGUCGCUGACUGUAUCUCUGUCAGUAAAUGUGUGUGUCUGUUAGCUAGUGUGUAUGCGUCUGUAAGUGAGAGUGUGUGUGUCUUCAGCACUUACCUUUCUCCAGCGCCGGACUCCCUUGGCGCUGGGGAUUCCUCAGCCUCUCAGCUCCGAAUGCGACCGCGCACGCAUUCAAACCGCCCAUAGGAAAGCAUUACUCAAUGCUUUCCUAUGGACGUUCAGUGUGCUCCUCUAGCGGCUGUCAGUGAGACAGCCACUAGAGGCUGGAUUAACCCUCAGUGAAACUGCUAUGUUUUCAGCUGCAGGGUUAAAACUAGAGGGACCUGACACCCAGACAACUUCAUUGAGCUGAUGUGAUCUGGGUGUCUGUAGUGGUCCUUUAAAGGACCACUAUAGUGCCAGGAAAACAUACUCGUUUCCUGGCACUAUAGUGCCCUGAGGGUGCCCCCACCCUCAGGGACCCCCUCCCGCCCGGCUCUGGAAAGGGGAAAAGGGGUAAAACUUACCUUUUUCCACCGCUGGGCGGAGAGCUCUCCUCCUCCGAUCCUCCUCUUCUCCUUUCCCGCGUUGGCUGUAUGCACAGCGCAAGAGCUGUGCACGCAUUCAGCCGGUCACAUAGGAAAGCAUUCAUAAUGCUUUCCUAUGGACGCUGGCGUGCUCUCACUGUGAAAAUCACAGUGAGAAGCACGCAAGCGCCUCUAGCGGCUGUCAAUGGGACAGCUACUAGAGGAAAUAGGGGAAGGCUUAACCCAUUCAUAAACACAGCAGUUUCUCUGAAACUGCUAUGUUUAUGAAAAAAUGGGUUAACCCUAGCUCGACCUGGCACCCAGACCACUUCAUUAAGCUGAAGUGGUCUGGGUGCCUAGAGUGGUCCUUUAAGUGUGUGUGCAUCUGCAUGCACUGGCGCACAUACCGCGGUGCAGGGGUCGCAGCCCUGUAACCCCUGCGACCAGGUGCCCACCGCCAUGUGUUGCGGCCCGCCCGCCGGGGGCCCACGGAUCAAUUUUUGCACCGGGGCCCCAUGGGUCAUGUGUACGCCACUGCUUCAGGGGGUCUCACGGUUCCCACAAUUCCCAGCAUGGACACAUCAUAGAGUAGUAGCAUGAUAGUCAGAUCUGCCACCUGGCCCAGCAGCACCACCAUGAUAUGCGGCCGGCCCCCUCUGUGUGCCACCGGAUCAGCGGCACCUACAUGCGAAUGGCUCCCUCAAUCCCUCUCUGUGAGGGCAGAAUUAGAGCGCCACGCAGCCCUAACCCACCGUGAAAAUUCCAGGUAUUCCGUUGGCUAGUCCGGCCCUGUAUAUUUGAUUGCUCAUCAAAAUCUCACGGUACCAUAUAAUGGCAUAUGUGAUAGUCCAUCAGGAUCUAAUGUGUGUAGCUUAUCAAGGUUUAGGAAAACUUCUAGACCAUUAACCUCUAAAAAAAAGUGUACAAUGGCAUAUCUGAUAAAUCUAGUAAAACUGCAGAAUGGUAAUCUAAUACAAAAUGUAUUUGUGUAUUAUUUUAUUUAGAAAAUGCUUUUUCUAGGAUAAAUUGUUGAAAUGUGGAAUUUUCAAAUAUCCUGAAACAUUGUGCGGUUAAAUGUUACCUGUUUAAACACACAUGACUAAGAGUUAAAUAUUUACAGAUUUUAAGGUAUGCUUAGAAAUCAGAUAAAUAAACACAAUCUUUUCCUGGAAUACAAAUAGGACUUGGAAGAAUUUGUACUCUAGAAGGUUAUUCCCUAGUUGUUAAGCUUUCUAUGAGAAGACUGCUUGUUAUCUGUUCUUAAGUUUGUUUGGAACGGGACACUGUAGGCUUCAUAACUUCUUAACUCACUGUCAACUGAGCGCUCUCACACGAUCACUGCCUCCUAUUACUAGCUACAGUGAAUAUUGCCAAAUUUUUUUCAUAUCAGUUUUCAAUUCAUUACCAUUCAGUACAAAGUGAAAUGUGUGGUUUCUUGUUGUAAAUUGUGAAGUUCUGGGAUACCCCUCAUGUAACUAACUGAGGGGAAACUAUAGGUAGAAAUCCACAUAAAUUAGAUUAGGUUUAAUAAGUACAAAUAUGCCUUCCAAACAAACAUUAUCUUUAGUAGUAGUAGUGAUAAAAUCCAGGCGGUUGUCCCCCCCCUAUUUUCAUUUAGGUCCCCCACCCGCCACAGGCUGCUCACUAUUUACUAGAAAUGCCCCUACUCGUGAUAUAGUGAGUAAGGGCAGGUUAAUUACUAAUAUCAAGUAAUUGUAACUUGGUAUUGGUAAAGUUGGCUGAAAGACCAAUCUUGGUCUUUCAGCCUUUUGGUAGAUAGCUUCCUGAUACCGUAAGAAUUAGGGACCUAUCUACUAAGCGUCUGCAAGAUGCAGCCACGAUCGGAUCGGAAUUUCAUUAAUUCAAAUUAAAUUUCAAACCGAACUAAGGUCCCGAAUUUCGUCCUAACACAAAUGGACGAACUGCUCUCAUUCUGUAAGGAUGAAAUUCGGUAGUUUUGCCGCCGUUCGGGAAUACGGAAAGGAGGCAUUGCGAGAAUUGUGCAAAAAUUGCUUUGACCACAGGAAACAGAGCACACUUUGUUUCUCCGCUGGUCAAAGCUGGCCAAAUGUAGGAAACCUCCAUAAGACAAAGUAGUCCCUACUUUGUCUUAUGUUUUAAAGAAAACUAGAGCAGAAAGGAAGAAAUGAUGAACAGAUCCUGACAGAGGAAGAAAAGGAUUAAAGAAAGGUAAGUUCGGCAUGACAGUGCAGCUUUAAGAGUAUACAAGCAAAACACUGCUAAUACCCAAACAUUAUGCUUACAAUGUAUUUGGCUCUGUGCAGGAAUAAUUAGAAAAUAUUACAUGGAAAGUACAGCUAACAUGACCUAGAUCGUUUUUGUUUUGUUACAGAUUAUCAUGCAAUAUGGUAAUGAGAAUGUUUACUGUGCAUGAUGUUUCCUGAUGGUCAUCUAUAAUAGAUUGACCUGCUCAUAGCAAAAUAAAUGAAAUGUUUUUGUUUUUCAUUUUUUCUUUCUUUCUAGAACACAAUCGACAAGAUGAAGUUGCGCAGAUUCUGGCCAUGACAGACCCAGAGUUUGGACCACAGAAGAGACCGUUUUUGGUUCUAGCUUGUGUAUCUCACCCAGGGGACAAGCGUAUUCCAUGUGUUUAUUUGGCUCAUGAAUUGUGUCUCACCGAGUUAAAUCGACCUUGGAUGGUAUGCUGUACUUUUCAUUUAAACAAAAUCUUUCUAAUUACGUAUGUGGCGAUGUUUGACUUUCUACCCCAAUAUUUAAAUGAUUUCUUAAAGGGAAACUCCAGUGCCAGGAAAACAAUCCGUUUUCCUGGCACUGCAGGUUCCCUCUCCCUCCCACCCCCCAAUCCCCGGUUGCUGAAGGGGUGAAAACCCCUUCAGUGACUUACCAGAGGCAGCGGCGAUGUCCCACGUCACUGCUUCUUCCUCCGCCGCCGCUCCUCCCUGUGAUUGCGUCAGCCGGUGGGCGAGACUGAUCCCGCCCACUGGCAGGGGAGACCUAAUGCGCAUGUUCGGCAAUGCCGCGCAUGCGCAUUAGAGCUCCCCACAGGAAAGCAUUGAAAAUGCUUUCCUAUGGGGAAAUGAGGACGUCCAGCGAUGCUCUAGCACAGGUUUCCUGUGCUAUAAAGGAGGAAGUACCCUGUAGUGGCUGUCGAGUAGACAGCCACUAGAGGUGGAGUUAACCCUGCAAGGUAAUUAUUGCAGUUUAUAAAAAAACUACAAUAAUUACACUUACAGUGUUAAGAGUAAUGGGAGUUGGCACCCAGACCACUCCAAAUGCGCAGAAGUGGUCUGGGUGCCUGGAGUGUCCCUUUAAAGGAAAAUGCUAAAAAGACACACAUAACCUUUUAGAAGAACAAACUAUAGAAAAUAAAAUGUUUCAAAGACCUCCAUAAUACUUAGCUACUAUAUUCUUUGUGGUGUGAUUUUGACACAAUAGCAUUCUGAAACAGACUCUUAAUUUAUUUGGGAGACGACUAGCUUUACAUAAGUUCUUUAAGAUUAGAGACGACAAAAAAGCAAAGGAGCUAGGGUUUAACCCUAGAGAAUAUCAGUGCUUACAAGAACUAGUCUCUCUCCUGGAGGAUAAUGACACAAACUCUACAGCACCAUACACUGAUCUCUGUAUGAGGAGCAAAUUCACGCCUAAUUUUAGAGAGUUUAAGAACAUUGACAUAUUUAUUGAAUCUACAACAAAUAUGAUAAACAACAUCAACACAGAUAUGCUGACCAUAAAAGCAAAAGGGAAUCUUCCCAAGAUUGAAUGGAAAGCAUUAUGUGAACUUAAAGACAAUGACAAUAUUGUAAUAAAGCCUGCUGACAAAGGCGGUAAUAUUGUCAUAAUGAGUAGACAACAAUACGUUACUACAGCAGAAUCAAUCCUCAAUGACAAAAAGACUUAUAGAAUCCUUACCUCAGACCCUUCAUCUAAAUUCCAAAUGGAAUAUAAGACACUCUUGGACCAAGCCUUUGAUCAAGAGGUACUGACGAAAGAUGAGUACAAUAGUGUCUAUAUCAAAAAUCCAACUACAUCUACCUUCUAUUGUUAAGAUUCAUAAGCAACAAAAGGUACUAACAGCAAGACCAAUAGUAUCCGGCUCCAAUAAUUUUACAAGUAAGGGCAGUAUAUAUAUAGAUAAGAUUCUACGCCCAUUUGUGGAAAGCCUGCCUUCGUAUCUGAAAGAUACAAAAGACACCCUUAAAUGCUUAUCUUCAUUAAAAGUACCGAAGGGCUCAGCACUCUGUAGCCUGGAUGUGGAGGCUCUAUACUCCUCCAUACCACAUCCAAGUGGCUUGGAGCAUACGGAGUACUAUCUAAGACAAAGAGGUAUUGAACACAACACUCAUACAACUUUCGUCCUAAAUCUAUUAAGAUUUAUUCUAACACACAACUUUUUUCUCUUCCAAAAUAAAUACUAUCACCAGGUGCAGGGAACUGCGAUGGGGACAUCUUGUGCUCCAGCAUACGCAAACCUGCACCUGGGAUGGUGGGAAAAGGAGUGUGUGUUCUCUGAAUCGAAUAAUAAUUUCACCAACUAUAUAUUUCUAUGGAAGCGAUACAUAGAUGACGUCCUUAUUAUAUGGACAGGGACCAAGGAACUCUUUGUCAAAUUUGUGGAAAGGCUGAAUAGCAACAACCUUAACUUGAGAUUUACAAUGGAAUUCGGUGAUCAGACACUGAACUUCUUGGAUUGCACAUUCAGGAUCACGGAGAACCUGACAAUAGAGACGACUCUAUACCGUAAACCCACCUCCACAAACAAUAUGCUUCGGUGGGAGAGUCAUCACCCCACCUCCCUAAAAAGAGGUAUCCCGGUGGGACAAUACCUUAGGCUGAGAAGAAACUGUUCAUCAAUGGACGAUUUCAAACUAAAAGCUGGGGACCUGAGACUACGAUUCAAACAAAGAGGUUACCCCAGCAGAUGUUUAAAACAAGCCUAUCAGAGGGCACUUAAGUGUGACCAUGAGGACCUAUUUAAAGAAAAAAUAGAACUGGACUCCAAAAAACAAAUCAGAUGCAUAGCGAGUUAUGAUGCGGGCUGGGAGGAGGCAAAAAAAGUACUGGGACGUUUCUGGCCCUUGCUAACACAAGACCCACACCUUAAAGACACCAUUUCACCUAGAGUGUCAAUCACAGCAAGAAGGGGCAGAAACCUCAAAGAAAUACUAGUACCAAGUCACCUGUCUGCAGCAUCAAAAAAGGCAAAAGACAGCUGGAUGAAGGUACAUGGCACAUAUCAGUGUGGGAGAUGUGUGGCAUGUGCCUUCAUGGCAAAAGGGUCAAAAAUUCUCACGUGCUCCACCAACACCAUUAACAUUCCCAUUAAACAAUUUUUUAACUGCAACACAAUGGGACUAAUCUAUCUACUGACAUGUAAAUGCGGAAUGAAAUAUGUGGGAAAAACCAUCCGGCCCUUUAAGAGACGUAUAAUGGAACAUGUCCACUCCAUAACCUCAAAUAGAGAUACAUCAGUCGCUAGACAUGUCAGAUCCCAACAUAUGGAUACACCUAAAUGUAUUAAGUUUGCAGGGAUUGAAAAAAUUGUCUUGGGAAAAAGAGGGGGUGACUUGGAUCAAACCCUUAAAAGAAGGGAGUGCUAUUGGAUCUAUAAAUUGGAUACCUUGGCACCCAAAGGCCUGAAUGAAGGCUUUACCUUCACCCCCUUUAUUGAUCCUUAAGUUGUAAAUAUCUGUAAAUAUAUGCUACUCAUAACCUGUAAAUUUGUACCUAACUAUAUGUUUUUGUUGUAUCUCUUUUGUGUUUAUUGUAUAUAAGCUUCUAGUUCUAUACAAGAGUCAUUUAAGCAUUAGGGCGCAAUAACCUAGACCAGUUGGCACUAUACCUCCAAUGAUCAUCCUAAUCUAUGAAUAAUAAUGCCUUUUCCCGUGUAUAUAUACUCCCCUUCCUUCUUCAAGAGGCAAUGAUGUACACAAUAAUGAGUCUGUGGCUUUAAAGAUCAUUUUAUACUUUCUAUCUGACCUCACCAAUUCAUACAAUAAUCGCUAGAUAAGAGAUCCAAAUGUUUUAGAAGUAAAAGGAAGUGCAUAUUACUCUACCAUUUCUGGUUUCCUUUAUUAAUUUAAAUUUUCACUUUACAAUGAGUCUCAUAGAGGAUUAAGCAGGAUCGGUUAUUCUCCCUUCAAAGCCACGACACAUAUCGGACCCAGUGUAACUCCCGCCCCUUUACAGGAGCACGUCACACAUUUUGAUGACGCUAAGGGGAGUAACCAUAUGACGGACAGUUCACUGACAGCGCCCGCUUGGCGCGAACGGUUUGUAAGUUUGUCGCACAGUGAUUGGCUAACAUAGAAGAGGGGCUGGGUAUAAAUGCCGGUCUAGGCAGUGCCAUAAUUACCUUUGAUAAAGGCGCUUUAGCAGCGCCGAAACGAGCGUUAGGUUAUGCUGUUUUAUUUUUAAGACUUAGCACUUUUUCUUUACACUGGGUGGGGGAGAUGGAGUAGGUUAGGAUCUCUUCUUUUGUAGAUCGAACGCUAGUACGCUUUUUUGAGCCAUCAGGUAGUCUGCAUACCGUCUGUCUUUAGGUCUCCACUUAGCUGUCGAUAUAUAGAUAUAUAUUCAGUUGAGGAGGUUUCUCUUACUCUAGGCAGCGUGUUUCAGGGAAGCUGUAUAUAGGCAGGUCUCGUUCAAGUGUUAGCAAACUGUCUGUUGUUUUCAGCUUUAGAAUUGAGCCAAUAAGUGGAUACUUUUUAUAUGGUAGAGUCUCACAUUGUUAACAGCAGUUCACAGUAGUUAACAACAGUUUCCUGAUCCACAUUAUGUGGACCCCUGUGUCAUAACUGUUCCUUUUGUGAGCUACUAUUAUAGUACCACACUCAGGCUUUGCUAUUCUCUAUAUGCAAUUUGGAGCUUGUUAUAUAUCUCCUUUUGAUGUAGACCUAUCUGCCAUCUAGUACAUCUAUCUUUUAUUUUCCCCGUGUUUGCCUAUGGGUGUUAGUGGUUUUCUAAGUUUUCUUUUUUUCUCAGGGAUCGUUUAUCGAUGCCCGCAAUAAACUACCAAGCUUUUAAAUCAUUUUUGUACAACAUCUACAGGACUUCUCUCUAGGCGUCACUCGUGCCCUUACAGGCGUAGUGACACCUUUCUUUUAUUAUUUAUUAUUUGAAACAGACUCUUUGACUAAAGUCUAACAGCAAUUUGUAUUUUUCUUUCUUUUUUUCUCAGGUGCAAAAUACAGAGGUUUCCACUCUUUCUGGCUUACUUGAUGGUGUUGAAUGGCUUCUUAGUGAAGUGGGAUGGAAGCUGUAACAUUGAGCAAUAUAGUGCCUACGGCUCUAUGAAAAAGUUAAAAUUAUUUUAAGCAUAGAUGACUUUUUUAAAUUUUGUAUAAUGCUGAUAUAUUUCCUGUUGAGUCAUUUAUUUUAUUUUUUUAAUGAUGCUCCUGUAAACUUGCAUUAUUUGCACAUAAACAGUCUUAAAUAUAGAUUAUUUUUAUCAUUACGUUAUAAUUUAUUUAUCAUUAUGUUUUGAAGCGACAUCUAGAUCAAAUGUGUUUAUCAUGUAUAAUUGAAAGUACUUUUGGAUAAGUCCUGGAUUUAGCAGGGGUCCUGAUUUUGAGCUGUUGUCCCUCCUCCACAUUUUUGGGUUUGUAUUUAUUUUCCUCUAGGGUAUCGCUCUUCUGUGCAAACCAUAGAAACAUCCUCAUAUUGAGCAAAUUGAGCACAUGAUAAGAUGUACUUUGCAAACCAAAAUAGGGGUUUUCUGCCUUCAAAGCUCACUUCAAGAGCACUCUGCACAUCUGCAGUUCCUGACUGACCAGCCUGAUGUGUAGGCUGAUAUGCCCCAUUUACAGCAGGAUCUACCAGCUCCCUUACUAGAUAGAAUUCCACCCUGUUCCACUUUAAAGGACCACUAUAGGCACCCAGACCACUUCAGCUUAAUGAAGUGCUUUUGGUGCCAGGUCCAGAUACGAUUAACCCUUUUUUCUGUAAACAUAGCAGUUUCAGGGAAACUGCUAUGUUUACCUAUGGGUUAAUCCAGCCUCUAGUGGCUGUCUCAUUGACAGCCGCUAGAGGGCUUCCGCGCUUCUCACUGUGAUUUUCUCAGUGACAACACACCAGCGUCCAUAGGAAAGCAUUGUGAAUUGCUGCGCAUGCGCAUUCAGCCGAAGAGGAGGAGAGGAGGAGGAGAGCUCCCCGCCCAGCGCUGGAGAAAGAGGUAAGUUUAACCCCUUCCUCUCCAUCCAGCCCGGCGGGAGAGGGACCCUGAGGGUGGGGGCACCCUCAGGGCACUAUAGUGCCAGGAAAACAAGUAUGUUUUCCUGGCACUAUAGUGGUCCUUUAAAAUUUAAUAGUCAGCUGUGGCCUGGCAAGAGAUGUGGUUGGGCAUUUGCACCCCUGGUCACUCACAGUGGCCUCUAAUACAUUUUCAAAAUUAUAUAAUUUUGUUAGAAAAAAUUCCAAAUUAUUUAUUUACAAAAGUCACUAUUAAUGUCUGUGGGAAUUUUUGUAGAUGAAUAAUUUGGAAAGUUUUUCUUACUAUAUUGCAUCAUUUGGAAAUAUUAUUACAUUGAGGCCAUAGGUUGUUUUGUGGGCAGAGUACUAAAUAUAUUAUGCAACAAUAUUCUAGUUUAUUCUAUGUUUUAUCUAUAGUUUUGAUGGUAGGUAUCAUUUUGGGUUAAAUGUUAAUAUAUUGUGUACAUUGAUGCUGUUUUGGUAUAAGUUGUCUGGGUUACAUUGCUGGAUUUACCAGUUGGGAGAGCUGGACAUCAUGUUCUCUAGCUCAAACAGAUAUCUAAUAUGAAUGAUAUUACUGCUCUACGUCAACACAUUUCCGAUCUUGGAGGAAACUGAUGGAGAAACAAAUGUUUGUAGGGUAUACAUAUUUAUUUAAAAGAAAUACACACGAAAAUCUCACAUUAACAUAUUGUCGCUGUUUUCAACCUCUAUGAACAACCUCUGUCUGUAGAAACAAACACAUGGUCUUCUGCGGUUCCACAGUUGAAUGACGUGUUCCCUAUUAAUGGGCAUAUUUUGAAGUUGGUUUUCCCAUCUCAAACAUUUAUUUACUUUUUAAUAACCCAAAAUUGGUCCCUACCAUGACAAUAAUUCAAUUAUGCUGAACCACUAUUCAUACCCUGUUUGAAUAUUGUACAUGUGCUCACAAUCCAUUUAUAAAUAAACAGUUAGUGUGUUAAUCCUAUUACAUAUACAGCCCUGGCACUGAUUGCAUGCAAAGAACCCUGUCCACUAUUCAUAAGGAGCUUCAUCUUUUAAUUUUCAUCUUAUUGAUCAACUUUGUACUACUCAUAAAGUAAUAUGAGGAUUUUGUAUGUGAAAUUUUUAGAUCCUUGUCUUUUAAUAGAAAUUUUAAAUGUCCAUCAACAAUCUGUAUUACCGUAUAUAUUUAUUCCUUUCAUUAACGUCAAAUAAUACUGGUAUCGAAGUAUAAUUCUCACAUGGCAUCUGUUUUAAGUCUCUGUUAAUUCUCCAUGUGUUAAAUCUAAUUUAAUUUUUAUAAGAUACUUCCUUAUUUGUUUUUUACAUUACAAUAUUGUUCGGACAGGCCUUUUCUUUAAACCAGGCAGACCAUCGCCAUUAUUUCCCCCCCAUGAAGUUUGUUAAACCGAAAUGGAUAAUUACUUCUACUUUAUAUCAGUUGGUCGUAGCAUCCAUAUGUUUGAAGUGUUUACAACUUUUAAUUAUGCCAUCCUCUACAUGAAUCUCCAAAUAAAGAUAAACUAUACAUCUGGAAUCAAACUGACUUGUAAGUCUAGUGCUUUGUUCAUAAGGGGGAUUUUGUCUGUUACUAUAUGACAGCUUAAAUAUUCGUCGGUACACCCCUUACUUACACUGUGUGUAAACCUCAAACCUCCUUCUCCUCUUUGCCAAGUGUUGUCAGCCAUUGUGAGUGAACUUGGGUCAAAAUCAGCCGUUAUCCAGCCCAAGAUCAUUUUCACUAACCAAGUUUUGCAUGUAG